AUGAACUUCAACCAGGGCAACAUGAUGUCCCAGGGAUCAAUGGGGCAGCCUCCCUAUGGAGGCGGCGGCCAGCCGCUGCAGCCGCCGCCGCAGGGCAUGCGCCAAUUUCCCACCACGGCGCUCGCCCAGAUGACCCCGCAGCAAUUACAACAACUCAAGAACCACCCACAAUACCAGGAGAUUAUCCGCCAAUACGCCCACCGCCAGAUGAUGUUACAGCAGCAACAGCAGCAGCAUCAGCAACAGCCACCGCAGCAGCCGCCCCAGCCGAUGCAGGCGCCCAUGGGCCAGCCGACACCGGCCAUGAUGGCCCAACGACAACAUUCGGGCGCCAUGCCGCGCCAGCCGGGGCCGAUGGCAGCUGCUCAGCUUGCAGCGCGUCAGGGGAUGGGGGUAGCUCCCGGAGGAGUGCCGCAACCGCACCCAGCAGCGGUGGGGGCAGGGCAAUUGCCUCCCGGAGUGGCGCCGGGAGCGGCGCCGCCAGCGAUGGCGUUAGCCGCUGGUGGUGGCGGGAUUGACCCCACUACAGGUCGCCGAGUGACGGCAGCAGUACCGGCAGUCCCUGGAGCAAUUGCCGCAGCCGCAGCGGCGGCGGCAGUGACCCAACCCCCGCCACCGCCGCCGAUCGAGGCUAAUGCCAUCCAAGUACCUCCGAUAAUCAACCCCGACCAGUACCUGCGACCGGUGCUUGCCAGCCUCAAAUCGAACAAGAUGGACGACGCCCAUUACUGGCUGAAACAGUUGGAGAAGGAGGGCAAACCGGUGCCCUCGGACGUCAAGCUCUACGAAAACAUUGUCGAUGCCGACUCCAAAUACCUCAAACAGUACAAGGAACAGCUCCGGGGGCUGAAGCAGUUGCUUGCCGAUUUGCAGCGCGACCUGGUGUCGUACAACGAAAUCAAGCAGUUGCGAGUGAACGCCAUCACCCUCCUGUCGAAGCACACCUUCAACAACUCGAUCUGGGGCGAAGGGUACCAAGGGUACGGCAACGGCAUCACCAAUGCCCCGACCAAGUUGGUGUUACCGGGCAAGGACAUUACCGACCGCCAAAUCAACGAGCGGGUACUUAAGCAACGCCAGCUGGGGGAAAAGCCCCACUUUGUGCCCAUUCGCCUCGAAUUCGACUUUGAACGCGAUAAGUUUAAGCUUAGGGACACGUUCCUUUGGGACUUGAACGAGGAAGUGAUUACGGUGGAGCUGUUUGUCCACCAGUUGAUCGACGACUACAAGUUUGUCCUGGCGGAAAACUACAGCACCAUUCUCGCCAGCGUCAAGGAGCAGAUCGCCGAGUACACCAAGAUACCCGAACGCACGCUGGGAGAGUUGCGGGUGCCGAUUAAAGUAAACGUCGUCAUCAACGACACUCAGCUCGUCGACAAGUUCGAGUGGGAUAUACUAAACUGCCACGACGGCGACGCCGAGGAGUUUGCCACUCAGUUGUGCGACGAAAUGGGCCUCCCAGGAGAGUUUGCCACCGCCGUGUCCCACAUCAUCCGCGAACAAACGCAGAUGUACCAUAAGGCGUUGCUGUUCACCGGCUACUCGUUUGACGGUGCACCCAUCCAGGAGGAGGAGACUCGCCUGCACUUAUUACCGCAAUUGAAGACCGGCGACGACUUCUACACCGUGUUGCGCAACUCGCAGGCGGUGAUCGAGUACGGCCCCCUGGUGCAAAAGCUCUCGCAACAGGAGGUGGAGAAGCUUGAUAAAGAGAUCGAGCGUGAUCUGCGGCGUAAACGUCGCCACAACCUCAACGAAGACCACUUGGCGCUGUUGGCAGGGGCACUGGGGGCCGCCAGCAACCGUGGCCCCCUGCUGCGACGCAUGGCCUUCCACUCCGGCCGUGGGGGCCCGGCGCUCCCCGACCUCUCCGACGUGCCCAAGACCUUCCGCACCCCGGCGCCAUCGUCGGUGUUGCCUGGUGCCGCCGACGUCGGCGUUCCUCGUGUCUACGACUACGCCGAAGUGUCGGCGUUCAAGACCCAAGUGCGCAACCCCGACUACCGACCACCAUUGGCGGCCGAUGCCGUGCGCUACCACUGGGACGCCAACCACGGCACGUUCAUGGUGAAGCUUAAGUUCCGCCGGUUGAACUGA